UUAUUUAAAAAGAAUUAUGAAUUCUAGAAUUCGUUUUGGCCUAUUCGUUAUAUCAUCGAUCAUCCUUCUCCUAUCACUUCCAAAAUCCAUUAUUUGCAAGGAUAAAAAAUUCAAAAAUCCUAAAACUAACAAAUUUCUCUUUCGCAACACAGACGUAAAUCGCAUUAAUAUUGGCAGAUGUCGCACUCAUUGCUUGAAUCAGUUUUAUCCGAGUAUUGGCAACGACACAUAUCAGAAUAAUAUGAUGAUGUGCUGGGAUUUGUGUGAAAUGUUAUACAUUCAACCUAUAUGGGAAAAUGUCUGCAUAGAGUCAUCUAUUUGCUUCUCUGGUUGCCAAACAUCUUGUAAUUUCGUAUCAAGAAACCCUAAAUUAAAUCCGUUAAGAUUUGUAGAUGGACGGGCUUACAAAAAUGAUAUUUUAAAAAUUGAAUUCGAAAUUAAGAAAUAUUCUCAUCAUAAUUCACUCUGCUUUCACUGGAAUCUCAUAGAGGAAUCAGCAGGAUCCAUAGUCUACGUUGUGUUUCGAAGAAGUUUCAAAAAAUGGGAAGAACUUGUACAGACAACGCUAAACGAGUAUUGCGAAAAGGGAAAGGUAAAGCGCCGAAAUCCUAAGUACUUAAUUGUAGCUGUAACAGAAACUGGUUUAUUAGCCUUGGAUAUAAAUCGCUAUAAAUUAAUCGAAAAGUCAUUAUCAAACGUGAUCGAAAAUGGCAACCAUCAUUCUUCAAAAUUGAUGGAUGACAUCUUAAAAAUUGAAACAUCUACUAAUCGUAAGAGAAGUUUAUAUAGCAAUACUUUAUCGCCUAACACCAGUUUCAAAAAACUAAAAAGAGAUAUUAUUAUGGAGGCCUGUGUUAUAGUUUUUUUAACGAUAUCCUUGAUCAUCAUAACUUUUUAUUUAUGGAUAUUGGUAAGAUACAAGGAACCGAACGUUCAAAUAGCUUUUCAACCCGCCGAUGUAGAAAAUGGAAAGAAAAAUAACCAGCCCACCGGACAUAAGUCAAACAUCCGCAAAUUUGUCAAUCAAACGUACAUUUUAUCGCUGAUUUUCGUUAAUAAAAUACCGCAUAAAUUCGUUACCAAAUUUUUAACUCCUAAAUUGACAAAACCUUUUUACGUAUAAAAGAUUUUUUAAAAAAAAUAAUAAAACGCGUCAAAAUUUGGGUUUGUUUUUUUACAAAAAAAAUGGAUCUAAAAAAAUCAGUCAUUUAAUUCGUAAGAUGAGCAAAGAUCAGAGUAGAAAUCGUAAACUUAAUCCACAAGCUUUCUAAACUUCCCACCAAGCGCGUUCAGCUCCUCACGUCAAGAACAAUCCCUAAUUAUCUUAUUUAUAAAUAAUCACUUAUUUUAAUUUAUAUCUUCGAAAAUAUGGGUAAAUGUGUGAA